AUGGAGGAUGCUUUCCCGUUUGAUGAGAGGCGCGGGGCGCAGGACGACGAUCAGACCGCCGCUGGACCUUGCAUAAAGAAGACAGCUCUCCGGGAUGCCACAAGCUCGACGCGUGCCUGGACGUGUACGAAUAGUAGUAGCUCCUCCCGAGAGACACAGAAGGUAUCGCUACACAACAACCAGGUCCUCCUACACAAGGUACUCUUUACUUGCAAGGCCCUCUUGUUGUCCGGUCUCUUGGUUUUCGGGGCCAUGAUGUGGAAGCGCUAUGUCUUGGCCUCGGCGGCCGGCUUGGUGCUUGCCCAGGAGGAUGCUGCUGCUGGUAUACUGGAGGAGAGACAGGCGGCGAGCAGCAAUGUCCCUCAGUAUUUCCAGACGCAGCCCGAGUUCCUGCCAGGUGAGUCGAUCUGUCGGCAUCUUAUCCUCGCUGCAAUGUAUCCCGACGUUGGCUGACUUGUGCAGGUCCUACCCCGACGGGCCCAGCUGCUUUCCUGGCCCAGACGAACCCAGCUCCAUUCGCUGGAACGGUCAGUCGCGAGAUGGAAGCAUUGAGAGGGUUGAGAGGGCUCAAGGCUGACAUCUGCUAGACCUACAUCCCUAACAGCCCUCUGGAGACUCAGGUCCCCAUUUCCGGCAACACCGACAAUGGCAACAUCUUCCAGAUGCAAGGCCAACUCUCCCACUACUUCCCCAACCCCUCCGGCUUCGGCGUCAGCGAGUACUCUCUCCCGGCAAACGCGUCCAUCGUGCAGCUGAACAUGCUGUCGCGUCACGGCGCUCGUUACCCGACCACCGGAGCGGGUGCUACAGUGCUUGCCCAGAAGAUUCUGAACUUCACCAGCAACAGCCCAGCUGCUGCGAGCGGCUUCACCAGCGGCUCACGCACCUUCACGGGACCUCUUGCGUUCUUGAACACCUGGAAGAACCAGCUCGGUGCCGAGAUCUUGACUCCUGUUGGAAAGCAGGAGUUGUUUGACUCGGGAACCCUGCAGUACGUAUCAGACGAGGGAAGCCGGCAUGAGUGCAUCGCUGACACUUGAACAGCCAGAUCAUGUACGGUCACCUCUACCCCAACAACGGCAGCAAGAUCUACGCACGCACCACCACCCAAGACCGCAUGAUCCAGUCUGCCGAGUACUUCAUGGCGGGAUUCUUCGGUCUCCAGUGGACGCAGAAUGCCUCCUUGAUUGUGGCUAUCGAGAACACAACCGGCACCUGGAACAACACUCUUGCCGGUUACGACAACUGCCCCAACUCGAAUGCGCCUGUUUCUCAGGGCGGUACCAACGCUACUCGCGAAUGGUACAACAUCUACCUCGCCGAUGCCGUGAACCGCCUCAACUCGUACGGCCCAGCUUUCAACUGGUCCACCACCGAUGCCUACAACGCUCAAUCUCUCUGCGCCUACGAGACGGUUGCCCUGGGAUACUCUGCGUUCUGCGGUCUGUUCAACUACCCAGAGUGGGAGAGCUACGAGUACUCGGUCGACAUCAACUUUGCUGGUAACGACAUGUUCCAGUCUCCCACGGGACGAGCUGUCGGCAUCGGCUACGUCGUGGAGAUUCUCGCUCGCCUCCAGCACCAUCUGAUCACUACCCCAACGGCUCAGAUCAACACCACUCUUGACGGCAUGGAGUCGACCUUCCCCCUGAACCAGGCUCUCAACUUCGACUUCUCCCACGACACCAACAUUGCCUCCAUCUUGACGGCCUUCGGUCUGACCCAGUUCGCCCAACUCCUGCCAGCCGACAGCCUCCAGCGUAACCGAUCUUUGAUCGUCUCUCAUAUGGAGCCUUUCGGUGCUCGUCUUGAUAUGGAGAUCAUCGAGACUCCCCAGCCACUUGACGGCAACCGCAAAGCAGGCACCAAGUACAACUCUGGUGGCACGACCCGGUACAUCCAUUUCAUCCUGAACCAGAGGACCAUUCCUCUCGGCGCCAGCUUCUCUCAGUGCGGUCAGCGUGACGACGGCUGGUGUGAGCUUACCACUUUCAUGAACUUGCAGGCCACCAAGCUCCAAGAGGCCCAGUACGAAUAUUCUUGCUUCGGCAAGUACCCAUCCAACGCAUAUGGAACCAUCAACAACGGUGUGCCUCUUGCAAACGGUGCUAGUGCCAGCGCUCCGGCUUAUGCCUCUGGAACUGCCGCUCGCACCACUACUCCAGCUUCCAGCGGUUCCGCGACUACUACUUCUCGUGCUGCGGCUGCUGCCACUUCUACAGGCAGUGCCCGCGCCGCCUCGGGUGCUGUUGGCGGUGUCGCGGGCAGCUCUAGCAGCCGUGCUGCCUCUGCCUCUGCCACGAGCACUGCUCGCCCUGCUACGACCAUGAGCACUCGUGCCUCUUCUUCUUCUUCCUCCAGCUCCUCCGCUCGCGCCGGUGUGGUCACGCAGAUUGGGUAG